AGCUUUCGCGGGGUCCGUCAACCUGACACGUGGAGUUCACCAAGCCUCGUUGUGAUGCGUGUCUUACUCUGCGGAUAGUAUAAUUGUUAAGGACUCGGCUUUUGCUAAAUUAAUCCAAGCUAUUUUCACGUUUAACUGAAUAGUGAAGAGAAAGAAAAAGAUGCGCUUAUUGCCCAGAGAGCUUGACUGCCUGCUUGUCUUCCACGCUGGCUCCUUGGCGCAGAAACGGCUUGCGAGAGGCUUGAAGUUGAACCAGCCUGAAGCAACAGCACUCAUAGCAGCAGUGAUGCAAGAAAUGGCUCGAGAUGGCUUUAGGGUAAUGGAUCUCAUGGAAAAAGGAAGAUUGAUCUUAGGUAGAAACCAGGUGCUGCCAGGCGUGUCUGAAAUGAUCAAAGAAGUUCAAAUCGAGGCUACAUUCCCAGACGGCACAAAACUGGUGACAGUUCACAGCCCAAUAGUCCGAGAAGACGGUGAUCUAGACCUUGCCUUGUACGGCAGUUUUCUUCCUUCACCCACUGAGUUCAAAGAAACCCUAAAUUCAUCUGAGGCUGAAGAUAAACAACAUAUCAAGUGUCCCUUGGACGUCACACCAGGAGAACUUAUUGUCCAACCAGGAACCAUAACUAUCAAUGAAGGGAAACAAUCCACGCUUCUUGAUGUAGUUAGCUUCUGUGAUAGACCGGUACAGAUUGGGAGCCAUUACCAUAUUAUUGAAACAAACAAGUUCUUAACAUUUGACAGAGAGGCUGCCUACGGUAAAAGACUGAAUAUUCCAUCUGGCACAUCAGUUCGAUUUGAACCUGGGAGUGUGAAGACUGUGAAGCUGAUCGAUAUUGGAGGCAAUAAGAUUGUCCGUGGAGGAAAUAACUUGUGUGACGGCGCUAUCGAUGAUCUGACCAAAGUGAUGAAAAGGAUUGUCAAGCAUAGUUUUGGGCACAAAAAACAGGAUAUAAUUCCUCUAGGAAAACCGGAAGUCAUCUCAAGAUUUCUCUACGCUAACACGUUUGGGCCAACAGUAGGAGACAAGAUUCGAUUAGGCGACACGAGUUUGGUUAUUGAAAUAGAGUUCGAUUUCGCAGUCUAUGGCGAUGAAUGCAAGUUUGGGGGUGGCAAAGUUCUUCGUGAUGGUAUGGGACAAGCCUCAAGUAUAGCCAGUGGUCAGGCGGUAGAUACUAUUAUAACCAGUGCGGUCAUUCUUGAUGCUGAAACUGGUAUUGUCAAAGCAGACAUUGGGAUAAAGGAUGGCAGAAUCGUUGGAAUCGGAAAAUCUGGCAAGCCUGACGUCAUGGAUGGAGUGCACGAGAGCUUAAUCAUAGGGGCUUGUACUGAGGUCAUAUCUGGCGAGGGUUUAAUCGUCACUGCUGGGGCCAUAGACACACAUGUCCACUUCAUAUGUCCGCAACUAGCCAACGAAGCUGUAGCUUCUGGAAUCACCACAUUGAUUGGUGGAGGCACUGGGCCAGCGACUGGAACCAACGCUACAACGUGCACUCCAGGUGCUAACCAUAUUAGGCAUAUGAUGCAGUCCACCGAUUGCUUCCCUUUGAACUUUGGUUUCACUGGUAAAGGAAACACAACCGACACUGAGAAAGUCUCCGAGGAAUUGUGGGAACAGAUAAAAGCCGGGGUUAUCGGGUUGAAACUGCAUGAAGACUGGGGAAGCACCCCAGCCGCCAUUCACACUUGUUUAAAUGCUGCAGAGAAAGCUGAUAUUCAGGUCAUGAUUCACACCGACACACUGAAUGAGUCUGCUUGUGUAGAAACAACUGUCAGCGCCUUCAAAGGGCGCACCAUACAUACUUACCAUACAGAGGGAGCAGGGGGCGGACAUGCUCCAGAUAUUAUAAAGGUUUGUGGUCACAAGAAUGUGUUGCCAUCGUCUACCAAUCCAACACGACCAUACACAGUCAACACGCUGGAUGAACACCUGGAUAUGCUGAUGGUGUGCCACCAUUUGGACAAAAAUUUAAAAGAAGAUCUUGCUUUUGCUGAAUCCAGAAUACGAGCCGAGACCAUAGCUGCUGAAGACAUCUUACAUGAUCUAGGGGCAAUAAGCAUGAUGGGGUCUGAUUCUCAGGCCAUGGGGCGCAUAGGUGAAGUCAUAACACGUACCUGGCAGACAGCAGACAAGAUGAAACUGUUUAGAGGAAGACUCUGUGAUGAGAAGGGUGACAAUGACAAUUUGAGAGUGAAGAGAUAUGUGGCAAAGUACACUAUCAACCCAGCCAUAGCACAUGGCAUUGAUGAGUUAGUCGGAUCAGUGAAGGUUGGCAAGCUUGCAGAUUUAGUUCUAUGGAGUCCAGCAUUUUUCGGCGCCAAGUGUGAAAUGAUACUGAAGGGAGGUCAGAUAGCCUGGGCACAAAUGGGCUUGCCGAACGCUUCAAUUCCAACGCCUGAACCAGUGAAGCAGAGGAAGAUGUUUGGAGCCUAUGGCAAAGCUGUGGGGCCACAGUCGUAUGUCUUUACCAAUAAAGUGUCUGCAGAGGAGAAAACAGUGGAGAGUUAUGGGCUGACCAAGAACAUUUAUCCCGUCAGGAACUGUAGAAACAUCAGCAAAGAUGACAUGAUCCUCAACCACUUCUGUCCACAACUUGAAGUUGACCCUCAGAGCUAUACUGUAAACAUCACAAAAAAUGGAGACAAGAAAUCGGAGACACUUCUCUGUCCCCCAGCGUCAAGACUUUCAUUGGCUCAAAGAUACUUCCUGUUCUAAGUAUCACGGGAAAUGUAUUUGAAAUGUCUAUAUUUAUUGUUAAACUAACCGUUGCCCAUGUUGUAUUAGUGUAAGAAAGAAAGAGAAAAAGUGGCAAGUAAAGGUAUUUAUUUGCAACAUAGAAGAGUGACCCAUCACAUCAUUUAUGUAAUCAGUACUUUCAAUGUGAGACCAAUCGUUAUAAAAGGCCUCAACUCUGAUCUGCAACGUCACAACCUGUGGGCUGUUGAGACCAAUGGCUCGUUGCCACAUCCUGGCGAGCUAUUGGUUUAAGUUGACGACAGGUUGUGACGUUGCAGUUCUGUGCUGAGAUCAUUCUAUAACUAAUGCUUUCGUUCAGUGCAAGUUCUCAGAAUAUGAAAACAAACUAGGAUUUGAUUUAAUAUAGUCCAUUCUUUUACUUUGUUUUACUUUGUUUUACUUUGUUUUACUACAUCUGGCACAUUUUUAGCUACUUUUUAAGCCACUAUUUUGAACUUAAAAAAAUACAUUUUUAUCACAUUUUAAUAUGAAUUUUAGCUCAGAAAAUCAUGUCCUGUAUGAUUUUAAUAAAUUAAGUCAUAAUUUUAUUUGGUAUUAUGUAUACGAAAGCACAUGUAAGCUAUGCUUUUUGAAAAAUAUUUUUUUCCUUAAGAAAUCAAUCAUUUAUUGUAAGGACACUCAUAUGAUCAAAGUUCUUUUCUUUAUCGCACUAAAAUGAUAGAUUAUUUAUAUUUUGUCCUUUAAUUGUUGUAUAAGGUUUAAAUAAGCAUGUAUCUUUUUAAAGUGGAUAUUUUAUGUUCAUUGAUGAAGAUUCUUAAUUGCUAAAAUAAAACGAUGAUAUUAGCAUACAUAGUAAUUAUAGUAACGUGAUAGAGAGAAUAAAAUUUAAUUUCCCUGGAAAGUCAUUCGAACCUGUACAUUGAAACGAUGAAUAAUGAACACAAGAUUUUAAUUUUGAUUUUAUAUUUUAUUUCUACAAGUGUGAAAUUUGUUCAUAACUCGCUACAAUGUAUAAACAUAUAAAAUAAAGUAAUAAAAAUAAUGUGUGGUUGUGUUUAUGCAAUACUACAAGGUUUCAAAGGCGUGGUGGCUGAAUAGUCAAGCGCUUGGGUAAUGAAGUGGAGAGUCCUGGGCUCGAAUCCUGGUAAGACUGUGGAUUUUCAAUUUCAGGAUCUUUAGGGCGCCAGCCUCUAAGUCCAUCCAGCUCUAAUGAGUAUCUGACAUUAAAUAAGGAAAAGUAAAUGCAGUUGGUCUUUGAUUUGUGUCCUGGGUUCAAAUCCUGGUGAAGACUGGGAUUUUUUAAUUUCGGGAUAUUAAGGGCGCAUUUGAGUCCACCCAGGUCUAAUGGGUACCUGAUUCCCAGUCAUUUCUUCCCCAAUCAUUUCAUCCUCGGUCACUUUCAUCCCCGGUCACUUAAUACCCUGGUCAUUUCAUCCCCUGGUCAUUACAUCCAGUGAUUCAACAAAUAAUAAUUGUAAAAAGUAUGAAAUUAACUAUAUUUCAUUUAUUUAAUUUUUAUUUACAUGACAAAAGUGACACAUUAAAAAAAUAUAAUUUAAUGUCUUUAAAAUAAAAAAAAAUUAACAUC